ACCUGCAGUAGAUUAGUUACUAUUGCGUAGUAAUCUGCAGCUCUCCCUUCUCUCGACUGGUCUCUGCGUGGCGUGCGGUUUCGUUAGGUCCUAGCUUACUCUCGCAUCGCACGCGGGAGGCUCUCCGAGCGUAGCUGUUACUGCGUGUGUGGUAGCAAGGUCGUGACUCGCAAGCCGUCGCAAGCCGUCGCAAACCGUCCCUCCUCCAGGCCCCAGCCAGGAGUUGCGAGAAGGCUGGGCCUGCUCGCUUCCUCCUAGAGAUUGUCUUGCGGAGCUCUCUGAGUCGUUUGAAGUCCUGCGUGCAUCGAGGAACUCUCUAAGGGGGAUAUCUCUGCAACGAUGAACCGACGGAAUGUCCGAUUACCGCCUGAAGUGAACAGAGCCAUCUAUGUGCGCAACCUCCCCUUCAACAUCACGUCAGAGGAGAUGUACGACAUCUUUGGGAAGUACGGCGCCAUCAGACAAAUACGCAUUGGGGUGACGAAGGAGACGCGGGGAACAGCGUUCGUGGUGUAUGAGGACAUAUACGACGCCAAGAACGCAGUGGACCAUCUAUCCGGGUUCAAUGUGGCGAACCGGUAUCUGAUUGUGCUCUACUACCAGCAGUCCAAGUUCACCAAGAAGAUCGACCAGAGGAAGAACGAGGAAGAGCUGGACAAGAUGCAGAAGAAAUAUGGCGUGUCAGGGGAACAGAAAUGAUGUUAGUCACAUCACAUGACACACACUAAUGAUGGCUUUUGCAUUACAUUGUAAUGUUCUCAUGUACUCAUGUAUAUUUUACUGAUUUUGUGUUCACUGGCCAGUCAGCACCACAUGACAC